CCAAGUACACAGUACUUUAUCCAAUAACCACUCCUUUCAUGCCUCGGCCACCAGUUGUCACAAACAACACUGUUCCUAAAGCCAGAGUGUUCAAUGUGACCCUGGGGACAUUCCUGCCUGAUGUGGAGCUGGUCAAAAUUAUAGUUGGACCAGAGACGUUAACUGUGCCAGAAGCCAACCUAAAAGGUUAUAAUGUCCAGGAGCAUGUCUUUCCUAAUGGAUCCAAGACCUACACUCUCCAGGUGCCAUUUGAGGACCCCAAUGUGAAGCAAAAGUAACUCCUCCAGACACCAGAACCUACAUUCUGCCCCUGACCUACUUGCUGAAUAUAGUGCCAGAGAAUACACCCUUUACUCAUCCUGCUGUAGUAGAAGCCAUUCUCAAAGACAUCAUUCUACCUACAGUAACUGGCUACUGUGAUGGUGCUGCAUUCUAUACCAUGGUAACAUAUGGCAACAUGGGUCGCAACUGGGUUCCUUUUGUGGGCUCAAGAGAACUUGGUGGAAGUCUGCUUGCCCUGUACAAGUAUAAUGCCAAUGCUACCAAUUUCUGGAUGACUGUGCCAUACAAUUCAGUUGAUGCCACAUAUGAAGUGAUCAGUUCUUCUGGCAUCAGAAGCAGGCUUGACUUGACCUUGAAGGAUAUUGGGACCAUGGUUGUGGAGGCUGACUUCUCUCUAUCCUGCAGUUUCCCUACAAAGAUGAUUGAUUGCUUCACCAAUGGAACUAUGGCAGCUCUUGCUGUGAAAGUGGAAUCUGUCCCCAGCUUGUCUCCAAGUCAACUAACUCUAAGGGAUCAGAGUUGCCGGCCUCUUCAGUCUGAUGCUAUCAAUGCAGUUUUCUACUUCAAUGUCAACUCCUGUGGCACAACUAGAAGGUUUGACAACAACCUCCUGACUUAUGAGAAUGAAGUGCUGUUCACAUCUUACCGGUUGAGAGUUGCCUGUCACUAUCUGGUCAAUGACACCAAGGUAGUACAGUUCUUGUACCAGAAUUAUCCUGCACCUGUAGUCCAGCCUGGCUUGGGGGACCUUGCAGUCAUCAUGCGGCUUGCAUUGGGUAUGACUUGGCAAUUUAAAUAA